AAGAAAACAAAUUAUCUCAUCUGCUAAACCGCCGUUGAACAGUAUCCAACGUAAAUCCCCAAACAAUGCAACAUUGUUCACUCUCUCCCUCUCAUCUUUCUCUCUCUUUCCUCUCCACAACACCAUUCACACUCCCUCCAAAACCUUAUCCAAUUCACCGUUACUCCAUAAAAUCCUCAAUCAACAAAAACCAAUCAACAACCACAAAACAAAGUUCAUGGGUAAGCCCUGAUUGGCUCACUUCAUUAUCCAAAUCCCUAACCACACGAAAAGACGAUGAUUCUGGAAUUCCAUUAGCAAGUGCUAAACUCGAUGAUGUUUCUGAUCUUUUGGGUGGUGCUCUUUUUCUCCCUUUGUUUAAAUGGAUGAAUGAGUAUGGUCCCAUUUAUCGUUUAGCUGCUGGUCCUAGAAACUUUGUGGUUGUUAGUGACCCUGCUAUUGCUAAACACGUGCUUAAGAAUUAUGGCAAGUAUGGUAAAGGUCUUGUUGCUGAGGUUUCUCAGUUUCUUUUUGGCUCUGGUUUUGCUAUUGCUGAAGGUCCUCUUUGGACGGUUGUGCUGUGCUAUAGUCUUUUAUGUGUUAAGUGAUAAUAAUAUGGCUGCUGCAAGUGCAAGCAUUCUCUGC